AUGUUAUUGAGCAAAUGCCUUUGUCUUGCUGGUGCUAUGGCUGCAGGGGAGAGUAUCGCCAAAUUGAUUGUGGAGGACCAUCAUUACUGGAUGCUGGCGCCACUUCAGAUCGGCCUGAAUGACCAAGUCGUUCAUGUUCAAGUUGACACAGCAAGCUCCGAGUUGUGGGUAUUCCAGGUACAUGGAAAUUGCACUCUGGACUCGUCAUUGGUACCUCCUGAGUUUGUGAUUGGCAAUAACGUGUGCGAAGCUAUGGGCGCCUUCGCCCCGAAUGACCUGAGCACAUACACUGACUUGAACAAGUCUAUGGAGAUACUGUAUGCUGGCGGUGAUCGAGUCAAGGGCAUAUAUGGCUCAGAUCAAAUUAAGAUUGGGAAUGUGGACGUGAAAAGUCAAAUUUUUGGCGUCGCAAACUCCCUGACGCUGCCCUUUGGAGUUUUGGGAUUGGGAUUUGAUCUGGGAAUUACUUCAAAUGAUACUAGAGACAUGUACCCCAAUUUACCUCGUUCGCUUCAGCAACAGGGUGAUAUCAAACAGGUAUCCUUUGGUGUCUACCUCAGUGAUAAUCUGAGUCAAAAUGGACUGAUCAUAUUUGGUGGGUAUGAUGAUGCAAAAGUUUCUGGAGAAUUUACCGAUAUUCCAUUGAUUGAAAACGCCACCACGUAUUAUGUUUCAUUAACAAACAUGACCUUUUUGGGAUAUCCCCUUAUCAACCUGACGAAGGUGGCACUUAUGGACACAGGUGCUGCCAACAUUUACGUUCCAAAAGACACGUAUCAGUUGAUACUGACCGUUUUGGGAGUGGAACAGCAACAAGGACUGGAUGUGGUCAAGUGCCCCAGUGAUGAAACUCUGGUGUUUGAGUUUACUUUUGGCGACUUCUCCGUGGCAAUACCUUUACACAAUCUUGUGGUGCCCCUAGAGGGGUCUAGCCAGUAUUGUACACUUGAUGGUAUUUCCCCGUUUGAUGUUGAUUUUAUCAUGAUGGGAGUUCCCCUUUUUCGACAAUUAUAUGUGGUCUUUGAUGUGGACAAUCGUCGUAUGCGAUUUGCUCCAGUUCGCCACACUGAGGAAGAGAAUCUAGUGUCAUUCGACGCAAUCAAUGGAACGUUGACAAAUUCGAAAUCAGCCACACAGUCAACACCAUCGCCAACAAUAUCGAUAGUGUUGCCUCAACUGGCAGUGCCUUACUCCAGUGGUUUGUUCACCUCUGCCUCUGAUACUACGUCAGCUUUCGCGUCAACUUCAGAUCACUCUUCAAAAAAGAGUUUUGGCACCCAUGUACUGGUGACUGGGUGGUUGAUCAUGAUAAUAUUAACAUGGUUUUGA